AUGGCUGUAUGUGUUGGAAUAAUCGGGAAAGAUAACUCCCCAAAAUUUUUUACUUGCCUCAAUCCCGCCGAAGAGUUGAAUUUUCAAUAUAAAGUCCUGUCUGCCCUUGAUGUAGUAGAAGAAAAACUCAACUGUGGUUCUAAGGGGGCUACAGAUUUGAGAGAGCUGUAUUUAGGAAUGCUUUAUACUUUGGAAACGCACAAAAUUUAUGGAUAUGUGACAAAUACUAAAAUCAAAUUCAUAAUCGUGGUAGAUUCAACAAAUAUGGCAUUGAGAGAUAAUGAAAUCAGAUCGAUGUUCCGAAAAAUUCAUUCCGAAUAUGCUGAUAUCGUAUGCAACCCAUUUUACAUUCCCGGGGAACCAAUUUGUUCCAAGUCAUUCACUGGCAGUAUAAAAAAUAUAAUGACCGGUACUGUAUAA